AUGGAUAAUUUCGGCCAAGGUGUGAUACAAGCACCGCCAAUAUCGAGGAUAUGGACGAUAUCUAUAGUUGUUUCAACCAUUGGUACUACAUUGAAUAUGAUAAGUCCUUUCCAAUUGAUUUAUUCACCUGCAUUGGUAGCUAAUCAACCUUGGAGACUUUUCACUUCAUUUUGUUACUUUGGUGAUCUUUCUGUUUCUGUGAUAUGGGCAGUAUUCACAGUGAUACGGUGGUCAAGUGAUUUAGAAGAAAACUUCAAUUUACCAGUUUCAUUAUUCCCCAAUUCCAUUCAUAAAUUCGAUCAACGCCAAAGUAAUUUCUUGGAACAAGCAAAGACUAAACUUAAAUCGGCAGAUUAUCUUUACUUUGUAUUACUCAUAGGUUCAACCAUCAUUCUUACAUCAACCAUUGGAUUCUUAUUCUUCGAUUUCAAAUUACCAUUUUCAGGUUUGAUUCUUCAUGAGAUCUUAUGUUAUAUUUCAUGUCGAUUGAAUCCUUAUCAAAUGUUAAAUCUUGGAGGUCUCAUCAACCUUGAGGCUUCUAUGGUUCCAAUAAUUACUUCAUUAAUAGAGUUAUUCAUGAAUAAUGAAUUUAGGAAUAACAUAAGUUUACUAUUCUCCGAUGGUCUUACAUAUCUUCCCACAGUAUUAUUUUGUCUGCCCACUUGGAAAGCUUAUGUUUGUCUUGGAUUAGGACAUUUAUGGUGGUUUUUAGGUUAUUAUUACUUCGAAGAGUUCCAUAAUGAUAAAAAUCCUCAACGUUUACAUCAAAAAUUGAAAACCCCUAAAAGGAUUCAACAAAAUGACAAUUUAGAGCCUCUUCAUUACACAAAACUGGCGUUAAAAAUGAUCUUAUUACCUCCAUGGUAUUGGGUAAUCUUAUCAAAUAUAGAAAAUAAUCGAGGUGGUAUCAGAAGAACUUAG